AUCCUGCCAUCAGCUCUUAAAUCUAAGCACCAUUUGUGUCUUUCUCCAGCGGUAACGUAUCAAAUACGAGGAGAAAUGGGCAUAUUUGAUUUAGUUCUAUUUGAUAAUUCAUUGGGAAAUAAUUUGGCUCAACCUUUAAUUGAUACCAGAUCGGAGUGUGUAGAGUUUAUCCAAUCAGAGCAUCCAGAUUUCCUGCAUUGAGUACUUUUACUUGUAUUACUUAAAGUACAUUUUCCUGAUGAUACUUACAUACUUUUACUUAAGUAACAUUUCCAAUGCAGGACUUUUACUUGCAACCCAGUAUUUCUUUUACAGUGUGGUUUUAGUACUUUCACUUAAAAGAUCUGAAUACUUCUUCCACCACUGGCAGGCUGGAGGUCAAGUUCAGAUCACAGAGUUCACUCAGUGUUCACAUAGAAAGAUGGGACAUUUAACAGCGCUCUGAGCUACAAUGGAGAUCCCACAGACAGCUACAGUAAGGAGGAGUUCCAAUGGGCUGCUGUAGCGCAACCAUAGACUGUGAACGCAACACAGAGACAUGUAGAUGUACAUUUACAGAUAAACCUGGGAGUGUGCUGUGCUUCAGAGCAGACCUCCACCAUGAUAAACUGGUGUGUAUGCUGCCUUUGUAUGCCCUGCCCCCAGCUGGCUGGAUGUUCCACACACACACACACACACACACAGUGGGAGAGAAUAAAGGAAGUACAGUAGGCUAUACUAUCUCUGCUGCCCUGCGCCUAACCCUGGCACAGCGAAGACGCAGGACGCAACAAACUUUUGGUUUCCGUCGUCUAUAUAGUCUAUAUAACGUCUAUAUUUAUCUACACCCCGACAAACCUUCCAACAAAGAUCGUUUUACAGUCGGAUAAGUAGGCUACAGAGUUACGUCGUGUGCAAACAGUGGAUAUAGUCCCGCAGGCUACGUGGAGAAAACACACAAAAAAAACGAUAGAAUUAAAAAGAUCAUGGACCCGGGGAAAAAGCAGACUGCAGGGCCGUCCACGCCAAAAGUGUUUGCUGAUGGGAACAGUGUUGUUACCAACAGAAAAGUCACAGAUGUAAAAGGAAACCACCUCAACAUGGUGACUGAAAUAGAGAGACAUCCAGGAAGUGGUCCGACUGGAAAUGCUGUUGGAGAAUUUCCCCGAGCAGAUUACAUCGCAACUGGUGGCAGUGUGAUUUGUAGUGAUGUAUUAUCUCAUGCCAAUAUUAACGGUGAUCUCAAUUUCAAUUUGACCAUAAAACAAUCACAAGUACCUGCAGGGAGAGGAGACAAGACACCGCCAUCCUCUCAGGGCCCUGCUGUGGAAAUAAUCAUUCAUCACAAGGUGGAACUUAUUGAGUGCCUGAGGGCGGAUCCCUCCUUCAUUCUGCAGCAUGUUCACGCCAAACGUAUGGUCACAGACGGACAAUAUCAGAGAUUGAAGCAUAUCUCACAGCCAGAAGAACGUGUUACUGAGCUGAUCGAUCAAGUGAUUGGUGGAGGUCAAGAAUCCUGCUCUCGUUUUCUUACAGUUCUCAAAAAGCCUGACAUUCUCCAGACCUAUCCACAGCUCAAAAAAAUGGUGCUAGUUUGAAAGAAAUAAGAACUCAGCCUUUCUGAGUUUGUAGGUAUGAUUUUUACAGAUAGCUACAUAAAGUAAAGCACUGUAACUUGUAUGUAUUCCUUGCUGUAUGCACCCCAUUGACUGCUGGUGCAUAAGACUGCAGGGCUUUUAACCCUAGGGCGGAGUUUGUCUCCUGGGAAUAACAAGACUUUCCCCUAUGGAAACACGAGUUUGUGUCCUGGGAGUGUUAACUCAAACCACGAUCUUUUUAUUAAUCUUAGCUAGUCAUUUUGGUGUCUAAACUUAACUGUCGGCACCGCAUGACAAUCCCCUUUUGUCCCCCUCGACUCAUUCCCCACCCCCCGACUCAUUUCCAGGUUCUCCUUCUCCAUAAACAACAUGAAAUCAAAGAGAGGGUUAACUUGUCCUGCUACACAUUUCCCACCAUGGUCAGAAAACACAGGGGAGACAUUUUGUUUCUCUAACUAUGGCUUUAGAGUCGUACUCGCUCCGAAGCUAAUCGCUCUCACCAUGCAGAGAGUAAAUGUGAAUAAGAUUACUCGUAAUAUUUUCUAGUAUUGAUGCGUCACGCACAUUUUUUCACUCCAUAUCAUCCACGUUACCAUG